UGUAUUGAUUAACCAUUGCUUUGUGGUGCGUAACCUAUAGCAUCCGUCCUUUGUGGAAAACAAGAAUUUAUUGAUGCUUUACUGAUCUUAAGCAAGUUUCUACGUACACCGAUAAUGUUAAAAGUCCAAAGCAAGACUCUCUCGAUAGUCAAAAAGUAGCUCUAAAAAUCGGAAUCCUAACUAUGUCAAAAGCCAAUGAAUUUUGACCUGGACUCAAAGGUAUCUUGCGAACUUUCAUAAACCAGCCAUCGAAACUUUCACAAAGAAGCCAUCGUAAUAGUAGUGAAGUCACCUAUAUGUAUCGUUCAUGAAGGAGACAAUGUUGAUGAUAAAAGUAGAAUUUUGCUAAAGAGCUUUUUUUUUUUUUGCUUUAUUACUUAAUUCCGAAAAUUAUUGACGCGUUUACACUGUACAGCUCAACAAAUCUCCCUAAUCUUAAUUUUUAAUUCUGAUACGUAUGAAUUUCAAAUAUGCUUAUCUCGCUGCCUUUAGCUGCACAUAAGUUUACUAAUGAAAUGGUAAUCAACAGCUUAGAAUAGUCAAUUACUUCGUUCCCUAAAUAUUGCAAACGCUAAUCAAAUCGCUUUAGCUGAGUUUUUGUUUUGAUUGUCAAUGACGCGAUACGCAAUAUUUGUCAUAUUUUUAAUAAGAACCGUUCAGGGUUUUGAAGAAUCCAUAUUUGAAGACGAGGACAUUUACAGAAUUUAUGUACCAGCACAGCCUCCGUCAACAAGUACGAUAGUCCCAGGUACAAAAUGGUGUGGCCCGGGAAACACAGCCGCUAACUAUGAUGAUUUGGGUAAUUUGAGAGAGGUUGAUAUGUGUUGCCGUGAUCAUGAUCACUGCGAAAGCAUAAUAAUGCCUGAUGUAACAUUACACAAUCUUUACAAUAGCGAUUGGUUUCCGAUAAUGAAAUGCAGUUGUGAACAAAAAUUUAUGAAUUGCUUGCAAGAAAUCAAUUCUCCCGCUUCAAAUGCUUUGGGACAUGUAUAUUUUGUGGGUCGAGACAAAUGUUUUCAAUUUGGUCAUCCAAUUAUCGAAUGCGCUAAACAUCAGCAAGGCAUCAUACGCAGACGUUGUAUAGUCUACAAAGUAGACAAAUUUAAGUCAAAAAUUUGGCAACUUUACGAUAUACCAUUCUAUACAAGCGUAGGUGAAACUACAAAUAAUUACGUUCGCAGAACGGCGAUAACAAUAAACUGAAAACUCAUUCAGCAACAAAGAUAGCAUAAUAAUGUCAAAAGAAGAAAGACAAUUAUAUUCGGCUGUGUUCCGAAUAUAUAUCUUUUCAUUCAUUUAUUUUUACAAACGAGA